AUGGAGCAGCGUGCAAUUGAGCGGAAACAACGGCGGGAAGAACUCAAGCGUAGGUACGACGAGCUCGAGCAGAUGAAGCGCAAGGAGCAAGAAGAGCAGCGCGCUGCUCGUGAAGCAAUUCUUCUCCAACAACGGGUAGAGGAGAAGGCGCGAGUUCGAGAGCGCAAACUAGCAGAAGCUCGUGCUCAACAGGAGAGACAAGACCAGCGCGACCAAAUGCUCGCUCAACUUCACAAGGCGCACAAGCACAACCGCCGGCGUCUGCUCUUCUUCUACGCUCUACUGCCGUGGAGGAAGCACCACGCGCUUAGCCAGCGAGUUGCGCGCAACGCCACCCGCUGGCACGAGCUUCGCACAGUGUAUUCUCACUGGGGGCGAUGGCAGGAGUUUGUGCUCCUAUGUCGUAAACGUCAUCGGCGACGAGAACGAGCGCAGAUGGAAGAAGCAGCGAAGCACCACGCGCGUUCACUGCAGAGACGAGCACUGUGGGGUCUGAUGCGCCACCACCAGGCAACGGAGGCUCGUGCACUCGCCGUGCACCGCCAUAACCAAUGGAACUCGCUGCAACACGCUUGGACACACUGGUACAAGCGCCUUGUAAGUGAACGCACCUGCCAACGGAAGGUAGCUUUGGAGGCGGCGAUCAAGCUGCAAGACGCGAAGCUCCGGCGUAUUUUAUCUCAGUGGCAGAAAGCCACGUGCGACGCCAAACUGCAGCAAGAGCUGGAGCGCGAGAAGCAGCAGUUGUGGCGCAAAGUGCGCGGGUGGCUCGAUGAGGACUAA